GUUGGUCAUGUGAUGCGCGUGAGCUGCUGCUGAGCUGAGCUGUAUGUAUGUAUGUAUGUAUGUAUGUGUGCGUGUUGUAGAAGAUGGCGUGCAGAGGAUGCUUGUGUUGUAAAUUCUGCUGCAAUGAAGGCGAAACCAGAACACCAGAGGAGCUGACAAUACUGGGUGAAACCAGAGAAGAAGAUGAUGAUGAUGAUGAAAUACUGCCAAGAAAAGACUAUGAGAGUUUGGAUUAUGACCGGUGUAUUAAUGAGCCAUACUUGGAGGUUUUGGAGGGGUUAAACAACAAGAAAGCCAGAAAGUAUGAAGCAAUAAAGUGGGUUUUGGUAUUUGCAAUCGGAGUGUCCACAGGACUGACUGGCCUGUUUGUUGAUUUCUUCGUUCGGCUAUUCACUCAGUUCAAGUUCAGUUUGGUUGGACGAUCUGUGGAGGAAUGCAGUGAGAAUGGCUGUCUGGCUCUCUCAUUACUGGAGCUUCUCGCUCUCAAUAUGCUGUUCAUAUUUAUCGCCAGUGUUCUGGUGCUCAUUGAGCCUGUGGCAGCAGGGUCGGGUAUCCCAGAAAUUAAAAGCUACCUGAAUGGAGUGAAGAUUCCAGGUAUUGUGCGGCUGAGGACUUUUGUAUGUAAAGUCACAGGAGUGCUGUUUGCAGUUGCUGGAGGGUUGUUUGUUGGUAAAGAGGGACCAAUGAUCCACAGUGGAGCGAUAGUAGGGGCGGGACUUCCUCAGUUUCAGAGCAUUACAUUUAAGAAGAUCCGCUUUCACUUUCCCUAUUUCCGCAGUGACAGGGACAAGAGGGAUUUUGUGUCGGCGGGUGCAGCAGCUGGAGUUGCAGCUGCAUUCGGCGCACCCAUCGGAGGCACACUCUUCAGUCUGGAGGAGGGCUCAUCUUUCUGGAACCAGGCCCUCACAUGGAAAGUGCUAUUCUGCUCCAUGUCUGCAACUUUCACACUCAACUUCUUCCGUUCUGGAAUCAACUACAAUAAAUGGGGAUCAUUCCAGCUGCCUGGCCUGCUCAAUUUUGGAGAGUUCAAGUGUCUAGAUGGAGAUAAGACGUGUCAUUUGUGGACGGCAGUAGAUUUGGCAUUUUUUGUAUUAAUGGGUGUGGCCGGAGGUCUGCUCGGCGCACUGUUCAACUGCAUCAACAAACGACUCGCAAAAUACCGCAUAAGAAAUGUGCAUCCCAAAGCAAGAUUCAUCAGGGUGUUGGAGAGUCUGUUGGUGUGUAUGGUGACCACACUAGUGAUCUUCAUUGCCUCUGUGACUCUUGGGGAGUGUCGAGAUUUAGUCCCCACUUUGACUAACUCAUCACAGGGGUCUGUAAAUGAGGAGAACUCAACCAUUCGACAAUUCUUCUGCUACAACAACACGUAUAAUGACAUGGCCACUCUGUUCUUCAACCCUCAAGAAGUGGCAAUUCACCAGCUUUUCCAUCAGAAUGCGACAUUUAGUCCGGUCACUCUGUCACUGUUUUUUGUGUUGUAUUUUUUUCUGAGUUGUUGGACAUACGGUGUCUCCGUCCCGAGUGGUCUGUUUGUGCCGUCUCUUCUCUGUGGAGCAUCGCUAGGACGCUUGGUGGCCAAUGUCCUCAAAAUAAAUUUCCAUAUGCAAAUAUAUUCUGGGACCUUUGCUUUAAUUGGAGCAGCUGCCUUUCUUGGAGGUGUGGUCAGAAUGACCAUCAGCCUGACGAUCAUCCUAAUCGAAUCCACCAAUGAGAUCACAUAUGGACUUCCCAUCAUGAUCACGUUGAUGGUGGCGAAGUGGACAGGAGAUUUCUUUAAUAAGGGAAUAUAUGAUAUUCACAUUCAUCUAAAAGGAGUUCCUCUGCUAGAGUGGGAAACAGAAGUCGAGAUGGACAAACUGACAGCUAGUGACAUCAUGGAGCCCAAUCUGACAUAUGUCUAUCCUCACACUCGUAUUCAGUCUCUGGUCAGCAUCCUGAGGUCCACGGUCUAUCAUGCCUUCCCUGUCGUCACCGAGAACAGAGAGAACGAGAAGGAGUUCAUGAAGGGAAAUAUCCUUAUAAGCAACAAUAUCAAAUUCAAGAAAACCAGCGUGUUGACACGUGCGGGUGAACAGAGGAGGAGGUGUCAGUCGAUGAAAUCAUACCCUUCCAGUGAACUGCGUAACGUGUGUGAUGAGCAGGUUGCCGUGGAGCUGGCUGAGGAAGGCCAGGACAUCCUUCAACAGAUGCUGGAGAGGAGGCAUGUUCCGUACCCAAACCUUAACCCUGACCAGUCUCCCAGUGAUGAUUGGACUUUGGAGGAGAGGUUCCGCCCGCUCACCUUUCACGGGCUCAUCCUUCGAUCACAGCUCGUCAACUUACUGAUCCGCGGCGUCUGCUAUGCUGAGAACCAGUCGAGCGCCUCACAACCACGACUCUCUCAUUCAGAGAUGACAGAGGACUACCCACGAUUCCCUGACAUCCAUGAUCUUGACCUGGCUCUUCUCAACCCACGCAUGAUUGUGGAUGUGACUCCUUACAUGAACCCCUGUCCAUAUACUGUCUCUCCAAAUACGCGCGCCUCCCAAGUGUUCAACGUUUUCAGGACAAUGGGGCUCAGACACUUGCCUGUCGUCAAUGCAGUGGGAGAGAUUGUUGGAAUAAUCACCAGACACAAUCUCACCCAUGAGUUUUUAGUUGCUAAGCUCCGACAGCAUUACAUCACAAUCUAAGAUGCCAGCCGUGCCAUCUGCGAUCAAGCCUGCAACCUUGAGUGACGGCUCGUGUAUGAUGAGCCGAAGAUUCUAGGGACCCAAACCUGAGACUAGAUCCACUUUGGACCUGAAAUGUUUCCUAGUUACUGUUUGAAUCACUCUGGUUUGGUACCUCAACCAUCCAUAAACACACAUACACACAUCCAUCAUGCUAACACUAAUGCAGGUGAGGUACCAUUAAUCAAUACAUUUCAGCACAGCAUCCUGGAUAUCCGAUACUGAAAAUGCUUGCUGCCUAAGCUUUACCAACUUCACUGUAGCACUUUUAUUUGUUAUCGGUUUCCAACUUUUUCUCAUUUUGAGUUCUGAAUGUUUUAAACCGUGUGCACCAUUUCUGUGUAUUUAUGAACGUUUACUUUUGCUCAAAGAGUGACAUGAACCACUAGAUCAAGAUGAUCUUUUUUCUGGGAACACCUUACUGUCAGUUAGGAAAAGAAUCCAGAUGCAACAUUAAAGUAUUAGAAGGCCUCUUUUUUUAGGAACCAUCCAUAAAAUAUAUGCACAUGUUCAUAGAUGAUAAUUUCAGUUAAUCAUGUCGUAAUGUAUAAUGACUUAGACUUUUUUUUUCUAGCGACAGGUUUGUUCUCUUUUGAUUUACAAUGCAAGUUGAUUGAAUUCCAAGUUAACAUUUUUGGGUGAAUCUCAUGUAAACGGGUCCUAUUUCACCCCACUAAAUAGCCCAAUUAUUUUUUAUUUAUUAAGACAUUACAUUUUGCAUAAAGAAAAUGAAUCCUAUUUCAGGACCAUUAAGAUGUUUUGCAUUGUAAAAUUAUUUCCAUGACAUUUAAGCACAUUUUAACCCAACAUUUAAAAAUAUUGUAAUACAAUUUUAAAAUCAGUAUAAAUAAUAACGAAGAAACAUUAAUUUUGUGGCAUUGUUAUACAUUUUUUGCAGAAAAAAUAUCAUCUAUACAUAAUUGCACAUAUUUUGUCCAUUCCAUUGACAUGUCCUGAUAUUAUUGACCUCAGUUUAUCAGGGAUGAAAUUUCUCAGGGUGUGUUUGCAAUGAACUAAUCAAACCACCAUAAAAUCACAUUCAUGAUAGGAAUCUGAAUUACAGGGAUAUGAUAGUAAUAUGCUUUUUUUUUUUUUUUUUGUAAUGUAACUUACAGUCAUGAUAUUGAUGUCAUAAAAUUAUUGUGGUUUGAUGCAGCUUUUUGAUUCUGAGGGACUUUUAAAAGCAGUCUAAAUAGUAUUAGAAGAAAUGAUGGCACAUUUGUACACCAAGAAUUCCAUAUUUGAUAUUGUUCAUCAUAAUUUCCUUUUUUAUUAUUAUAUUAUUUAAGAUGGUUUCCACUGAGUAUAUUUUUUCAAGCAUAUGCUGCAAAUAAUGUUAUUAAUGCUUUUAAAAUAUCAGUUAUCUAUAUUGCCUUUUAUUCUCCUUAUUAUUGACGAGAUUGUCAGUUUUAUUUGAUGUGUCUUUUAAAAUGUAUGUUUUCUAACAUACUGUUUAUUUGAGUUUUCUGUUAACUGAGUAUGCUGCCCGGUAUGGAGAGUUGACUAAAUCUACCAUCCGUCUGUUAUAAGAACGUCAUAAAGCAUCAUGUUAACAUUAUCUGAUAUCGUCAUACUUAUCUCUCUAAUGUCAAUACUCCGUUGUCAUGUCAUGCGUCAUUCGGGUCAAGUGAUGGAUUUUAAUAUAUACACUUGUAAGACUUGAAAUUAUGGGUUUAAUAAUUUGUAUUGAAUUAAUCUGAAUUGGCUGACUUGACAUAAAAUUA